UUUGAGUAAUGUUGGAAAUCUAUUUGAAUUAGAUUUUUUGAUGAAGUCAGAUUACUUUCCUAUAUUGGAACGUCUAUAUUUAAGUGAAAUCAAUAUUAUUACCAUCCCGGAAAUCAUCACUAAGUUUACUAAAUUAAUUACACUCGGAAUACAAUGGUGUAAGUAUCUUCGGGAAAUUCCAAGGCUUCCAAAAUCUAUAAGAGAAGUGUAUAUACUAAUCUCCCCUUCGCUACAUCCACAAUCAUCAAACAGAUUGUUCAGUAAGUUUGGAGAAUCUUGGCAACCACAACAAAAUCGAUUUGGUUUCAAGGAUUAUGUACUUAUACUACUUGGAUCAGAGAUUCCAAAGUGGUUCAAUCAUCAAUGUGUUGGAAAUUUCAUUUCAUUCUGGGUUGGUCGUGAUAAUCCAAAAUUUGUUUUCUGUGUUGUUCUUGAACCGUAUGUACAGUUUGAAGAUGUUACCAUUCUAGUCUCUUUGAAAUUUAAUGGGAAAAAGUUGAGUGGUAGGAUUCCUUCAGGAAUUCAAGGUAUUGAGGAUAUGACAUGUAAUCAUCUAUGGUUUUUUAGGGUAUUUGUUGGUCCUUGGUUUGAAAAAUUAAAUCUAUUUGAUCGGAAUCUUGUGGAGGUUGAAUUUUAUAGUGAAUCAUCUACAUAUCCAUAUCGAGAUGUAUCUCAUAUCCUAAGGUGUGGGAUCCAUGCUGAAUGCAUUUGUCCUCUUGUUCAACAUCUCUCCACCGACAUUCUCCCACCUAUUUCAAUACCUGCCUUCCCCAUUUGUUCUAUUUCAAACACUGUCACUCCUUCCCCCCACCUCUUAAACUCUUGUUUGGAGUUUUCACAUUCGAAUUCAAUGGAAACAACAUAUAAUGAUUUUGACUCUCCUUUGGAGGGCUCUCAUGAUGAUGGACGUGAUUUGAGUUUGUCACUGUGCACUUUUCCCAUGGGAAGAAAUUACCCACCUCCUCAACCUCAUGUCACUGUCCCUGAUGACACUAGCCACAUUUCUUUGCCAUCUAGUAUAGACCUUCCAAACAAUAUGACAUCACGCUUGGGUUUGCCUGGUUUGGGAAUUGGCUCAACUGUUAGUAAGGGGUUUCAUUUGGGUUCUUCUUCAAUGGCCCAUAACUUUGUCAGUGAUGAUGAUUUUGACUUCAAUUUGUGUUCUCCAUCGAAGAAAAUGAGAAAAUCUUAAUCGAACUUGGAAGAAGAAAUAUGCCUCCAUCUGAAAAAGAACCUUGAAACAAUUAUCUUCUUCAUUGUUCCCAUUCCAUUUCUUUAGCAUUUGAUGCCAAGGCUAAGGUCAUGGCUGGUGAUAAUGUAGUGAGGUAAUUGAUUCAAAAGAUGACACAAUGUGCAUGCAACACGUAUCUUGACAUUUAGGAAAGGUAUAAGUGAAGUCAUGGUUGAAAUUUUAACAUUAGAUUAUAGCAUCAUUGAAGUCUUCCCUAAUUGUGCUUUUGACAGUUGACUUAAUUAUUAGCUUAA